CAGUCCACUUUUGCGACGCGACCCCAUAAUAGUUUGGUCUCCUUCUCUCUUACUCCCUGCUAAUGCGGUAUCAGUUGGGUUCGCUAACCUCUGUGACACAACAAUGUCGUGUGGAUUCUUUAUUCAUUUUUGAUAUGUUUUGUGAUCAAGUUUUAUUGAUAAUGUAACAGUAGUAGUAAACGCAAUUUUGUAUUUAUUUAAAAGGCUACCUGUAGUAAGUUACAUUGUUAACAAAAUGGUAAAAACAAUUUUAGUAUUGUUUGUUUACAUUUUUACUACGAUUUUGACACACGGGACAUUGUCACAAAAAUGUUUUGAAAAUAGUGAACAAAUCCACUGCAAAUUAGGCUCAAAAACUCCAUACAGGUUUAUUGCCAAUUACAAUGACUCACGGUAUAUUUAUACUGGGUGCUCAGAAAAAAAAAUGUGGUUAGUCGUACGUCAUGGAACAAGAUAUCCUGGAAAAAAGCACGUUAAACCAAUGAUAAAAAAACUGCCAAAAUUAAAAAAGAAAAUUGUACAAAGUAACAAUCAAAAUAACUCCGAACUGUCACAUGACACGAUUGAAAAAUUUAAUAAGUGGACUCUAUCUUUUGAUGAAAAGCAGACAAUGAUUUUAGCAAACGAAGGAGAGAAUGAACUUAUUGAUCUUGCAGAAAGAAUGCAGUCACGAUUUCCAAAUAUACUUGUAGAUAACUACGAUCCAGAAUUGUACAAGUUCAAAUACACCGCCACACAACGUACAGAAAAAAGCGCGCAAUCUUUUGUACUUGGUCUAUUUGGUCAAUAUCACAGUGCAAACAUUACAUUUCCAAAGCCUGAACAAAAAGAUCCUAUUUUAAGGUUCUAUAAAAGAUGCGAACGUUGGCGCACAGAGAUAGAUAAAAAUCCAGAAACUUACAAGGAAAAGGAAUUAUUCAUCAAAAGUGAGACAUUUCAAAAAGUUGUAUCUGAUAUUUCCCAGCGAUUAGGCUUAAAACUUGACUAUGAAAGCGUGAAUCUGAUCUACUUGAUAUGUGCUUUUGAGACAGCUUGGAAUAAAACUGGCAAAUCACCAUGGUGUGAUACAUUAUCACUUGACAAUAUGAAGGUUUUGGAAUUUAUGGAAGAUUUAGAAUAUUAUUGGGUUGAUGGCUAUGGUCAUCAACUUAAUUACAAUCAAGCAUGUCCAGCUCUUAGAGAUAUGUUCACAUUUUUUGACUCUAAUGACAAGUCUUUAGUGACAGCGUAUUUUACUCACUCUGGCACAAUACUCAAGAUGCUAUCAAUAUUAGGCAUAGGAAAAGAAACAAAUCCUUUGACUCAUGAAUCCUUUUUAAGUCAUAAAGAUAGAAAUUGGAAAGUCAGUCUCAUAGAUGCUUUUGCAAGCAACAUAGCUUUUGUUUUGUAUGAUGUUAUUUUUGCAGUUGUAAAGUACAAGGUCCAAGUGUCCUUGUGUUACAUCAAGAACGGCCAGUUCAAAUUUCUGGUUGUCCACCGGAAGCAUUGUGUCCUCUAUCAAUAAUGAAAAAACAUCUGCCUGAUACUGAACAAGAAUGCCAAUUCGAUGCCAUGUGUACUUCAAGUAAAGAAACAUGAGACUGCUGUGUAAUGACACAUAUUCCAAAACACAUAAAAGUGUCAUAGUUACAUGUAUUACACAUUGAUAAGAUGAUAUUUAUUUUUAUUGUUGCGUAUUUUUAUACUGAAGUAUACGAUUCGUAAUCUAUGAAACGUGUAUAAAAAAUAUAUAAUAACUUGUUUUUUAAAUAA